GUGACGCCCCUGGCACUGAGAUGCAGUGCCUUAGACCGGUGCGCCACUCGGGAGUUAAAUCGACAUCGACUGAUGGAAACGACGAGUUUAAAAUAAGAGCGAAUUAUCUUUUCUCUUGCGACAUAUUCAAAUUCCUUUAUUAGUCACGUUAGCCGCCAAUAAGUAUUAUUUGGAUGGAAAAACGUUUUUUUCUUAUUUCGUCGUUACGUUACGUCGAUAUUCAUAAGUUCCUCGACAACGUAAUGGGAAAAGUGUUUAUUGGCUAAAUGUGGCAACUGUUAUAUUGCUGCUGAUGAAAAUGGGCAAGUUUUCAGGCUUUGUGUGCGGGUUUUGAGUAGUCAUGCGUCCCCUGAACUUCAGACAUCCGGAAGUAAAUAAGUGAUCUCAUCGAAAGUCCAGUUGCUAAGCGGCAAGUGAAAACUGUUGUCGCAUGCAGCCACACAAACAUGAUAUCAACAACAAGGACUGAAGGAGCCAGACAGAAAGCAGAUUAGUAGUUGGCAUCAACUAGCCAGCUAUUGAUUUCGGUCUUAACCAUUCUCUUUUCACCAAUCAUAGCUAGAGAUAUUCUGGUGGCAAUUAGCUUAAAAUGCAGCUUCAAGAGAAGCCAACAGGGACAUGAAGCAGAGAAGUUGACAUUUUAUAUUCUGCCACCAUCAACAAUUUGUCAUACAAAGUAUUUCCCCUUUGCCUCUUGUUCUUUCAUUGGUCUCAUCAUACAAUCAACACACCUGACGCAGUUAGCGCUGUGUGAAUAAUAACAACACUCCUUUGAGUGUUGGACGCCCAAGAAUCAACAUGGCUGUGUUCAACACCACCAAAACAUCAUGGAGAUUACAGGAGAUUGUAGCCCACUCCAGUAAUGUGGCGUGUCUGGCCCUGGGGAAGAACUCAGGCCGUCUGCUAGCCACUGGGGGAGAGGACUGCCGAGUUAACAUCUGGGCAGUCAGCAAACCCAACUGCAUCAUGAGUUUGACAGGCCAUAAUAACCCAGUAGAGUGUGUAAAGUUUAAUAACUCUGAGGAGCAGGUGGUGGCUGGCUCACAGUCCGGAUCACUCCGCGUAUGGGACCUGGAGGCUGCAAAGAUCCUAAGAACUCUAAUGGGACACAAGGCCAAUAUCUGCAGCUUGGACUUCCACCCGUUUGGGGAAUACCUGGCAUCUGGUUCCAUGGACACCAACAUCAAGCUGUGGGAUGUACGGAGAAAGGGCUGUGUGUUCAGAUACAAGGGUCACACUCAGGCAGUGAGGUGCCUGGCCUUCAGUCCAGAUGGGAAAUGGUUGGCCUCUGCUAGUGAUGACAGCACCAUCAAGCUGUGGGACCUGACUGCGGGGAAGAUGAUCACAGAGUUUACAGCACACACCGGAGCCAUCAACAUCAUCCAGUUCCACCCCAACGAGUAUCUGCUAGCGUCAGGCAGCUCUGACAGGACCAUCAAACUGUGGGAUCUGGAAAAGUUCAAGAUGAUUGGCUCAUCAGAGGGAGAGCUGGGACCAGUCAGGUGUCUGGCCUUCAACCUGGAUGGCUGCUGUCUGUACAGUGGAGCUGUGGACUCUCUCCGUGUGUAUGGCUGGGAGCCCGACCGCUGCUUUGAUGUGGUGCCAGUGGGCUGGGGCAAGGUGGCAGACCUGGCUAUCUGCAACCACCAGCUGAUUGGCGUGUCGUACAAUCUGGCUAAUGUUUCGUCCUACGUGGUGGAUCUGACGCGGGUGAAGAAGUCUGGCUCUGUGAUCCAAGGCGUGAUCCAGGACGACCAGCCGCUCACAGAGCCCUCCCCGAAAGGAUCCACGCUGCGACGCAACUACGACCGACCCCUGACCACCUGCAGCACACAGAGGGUGAAGCAGAGUUCUGAGUCAGACCGGCGCAGUCCCGAGGGGGAGAGGAGGAGCCCCAGCAGCGAGGACGAGAAGGAGUCCUCCGCCGAGAUCCGUAACCCCGAGGACUACAAAGAGAUCUUCCAGCCAAAGAGCGCCAUCUCUCGCACCCCCCCAAAGAGUGAGCCCUUCCCUGCCCCCCUAGAAGAUGAGAGUUUUGUGGUGAGGGCUAACCAAGGGCUGGUGGAGCUCAUGACUCCUAUGACUGACAGACAGCAGCCCGGCCUGUUGAAGAACCUUCCAGUGGCAUCGUCCACUCCGGUCCUGAGGGUGGAGCCUACUGUGGUCGCCACGGCGCCCUGUCCCAUCCCAGUGGUAACCGCACGACCGCCGACUAACCACCCCCCUGCACACCACCCAGCCCCCCCACCGGUCGUUGCUAUGGCGAAGGCCAAACCCCAGCCCAGCGUCAUCUUCUCCUCCAGGAAUGAACCAAUAGGACUCAACGUGGGAGAUUUCCUUCCUCCUGCUCGUAACAACCGUCCCAGUGUACUGGGUGAUGACGAGGCUCUGGCUCAGAUCAGAAAGGGUCAUGACACCAUGUGUGUGAUGCUCACCAGUCGACACAAGAACCUGGACACCAUCAGAGCCGUGUGGGGCAGCGGGGACGUCAAGACCUCCUUGGACUCUGCGGUCUCGAUGAAGGAUCUCUCGAUCGUCGUGGACAUCCUCAACAUCGUUAACCUCAAACCGUCGCUAUGGAAACUGGACCUGUGUACCUCUAUCCUGCCCCAGAUUGAAGAGCUGCUGCAAAGCAAGUAUGAGAGUUAUGUGCAGACGGGUUGCACGUCUCUGAAGCUGAUCCUGAAGCGUUUCUGGCCUCUCAUCUCAGACACGCUGACAGCGCCCCCGUCUGUUGGAGUGGAUAUAACACGGGAGGAACGCCACCAGAAGUGCAAGGCGUGCUACAAGCAGCUGAAGAACCUCAGGGACGUGGUGAAGAACAAGUCCGACCAGGUGGGUCGCCACGGCAGCGCCUUCAAAGAGCUGCAGCUGCUCAUGGCCCCACUGGACUACUGACAGUCGACCAUGCAACUGGAGACACGCACAGAUUCCUCAAUGGCUGAGCACUGUGCUGUGAGGACUCAAGUCUGACUGACGGCGGCGCUCUGUCGUCCACCGGAGUGGUAAAUCAGGGGACAAUCACAGAUUCACACUGCGUGUGGAUGGACUGAAGCAGUGGACUCAGAGACCGGGCGGGAUAGAAGUCCAUGUUAGGACUCGGCUCUCCUAUUUAAAAACACUGGGCACUUCUGAAUCGGUAUGUGAGAGAAAUGAUGUCCUCUGUAACCUUAACUUGCCCACCACAGAUGAGCACACACACUUUCCGUAAUUCCUCCACACACACACGGGCCAGGUUUCUAUCCGAUCGUGGGUUAUAGGCGUUGCGGCUUUUAAAAAGCAAUGUUCACGAGGAGAUCCUAUUCACCAUAAAUGCUGCAUAUUUCGGGUGAAUCAGAAAUUGCCUUUAAAAGCCGCAAGGUGUGGUUCUAUUUAAAUAUUCUCUCUACAUUCUGUACCUGAGAUGUCAACCCUAGAUGCACUAUUUGAAAGUAUUGUUAACACUAAAAGAACAUGUUUUUCAAAUAAAGUCUAGUUUUAGGCAUGUUUCUGGUAUUGAAAGGAACAACUCGUUAAGAUGUGUGUAAUUCCACUCCCAACAGAGAGCAGCACUGUUUGAAAGGCACUAGUCCACCCACCACUCCAAUGUGAAGGCCUCAAUAGAAUGGAUACUCUAACGUUUUAAACUGGAAGGCAGUCGGGACCAUUCUAGCCACUGAGAGGGCAGAUACAUUUGAACAACAGUCAAAAAUGGGCUAGUAAAAUGCACAAGGUGCAAUUUUUGAAAUUGGGUUAUCAAAUCAAAUCAAAUUUUAUUAGUCACAUACAUGGUUAGCAGAUGUUAAUGCGAGUGUAGCGAAAUGCAGUAAUAACAAGUAAUCUAACCUAACAAUUCCGCAACUACUACCUUAUACACGCAAGUGUAAAGGGAUAAAGAAUAUGUACAUAAAGAUAUAUGAAUGAGUGAUGGUACAGACGGCAUAGGCAAGGUGCAGUAGAUGGUAUAGAGUACGGUAUAUACCUAUGAGAUGAGUACUGUAGGGUAUGUAAACAUAAAGUGGCAUAGUUUAAAGUGGCUAGUGGUCCAUGUAUUACAUAAGAUGGCAAGAUGCAGUAGAUGAUAUAGAGUACAGUAUAUACAUAAGAGAUGUGUAAUGUAGGGUAUGUAAACAUUAUAUUAGGUGGCAUUGUUUAAAGUGGCUGGUGGUACAUUUUUACAUAAUUUCCAUCAAUUCCCAUUUUUAAGGUGGCUGGAGCUGAGUCAGUUUGUUGGCAGCGGCCGCUAAAUGUUAGUGGUGGCUGUUUAACAGUCUGAUGGCCUUGAGAUAGAAGCUGUUUUUCAGUCUCUCGGUCCCUGCUUGGAUGCACCUGUACUGACCUCGCCUUCUGGAUGAUAGCGGGGUGAACAGGCAGUGGCUCGGGUGGUUGUUGUCCUUGAUGAUCUUUAUGGCCUUCCUGUGACAUCGGGUGGUGUAGGUGUCCUGGAGGGCAGGUAGUUUGCCCCGGGUGAUGCGUUCUGCCGACCUCACUACCCUCUGGAGAGCCUUACGGUUGUGUGCGGAGCAGUUGCCGUACCAGGCGGUGAUACAGCCCGACAGGAUGCUCUCGAUUGUGCAUCUGUAGAAGUUUGUGAGUGCUUUUGGUGACAAGCCGAAUUUCUUCAGCCUCCUGAGGUUGAAGAGGCGCUGCUGCGCCUUCUUCACAACGCUGUCUGUGUGGGUGGAUCAGUUUCUCUUCAUGUUAGCCAUUGCAUACAUUCACCCAGAGCGACUUACAGCUCGGGGAUUUGAACCAGCGACCUUUCGGUUGCUGGGCUACCUGCCACAUACCUUAUCAGAAAUGUCCAGCUCAACUAGCCCAUGUUAGAUUUUUUUUGUAACUCAUAUCACAUGAAUAGACAAUUAGCUUUAAAGCUGCGACAUUUUCUUUCACCCUAUGAGAAAAUGUGUAGAAUUGCAGGAAAUAAGCUAUAAACCUGUAAAACCAA